AUGGCUGGCCUGCAUUUCAUCACGCAAAUUGAGCUCCAGGCUCUUCAGUGCAACCGAAAGUCACAAGCACUUGUUGAAGAACGGCAGGAGAGCUACUUCUGGUGGAUUGCCAACUGGUGGUCAGCUUGCUACAGUAGCCAGGUGGUAGCUGUAGGGUAUUUGUCCAGCAAGGAGGAAAGUGACCAAGAAGACGGCAAGAAGUCAUUGCUCUCAGACAUCGCACCCUCGCGUGGGAGGAGGCGCUACCGCGCCUUCGGGUCCUUUUUGCGGAGCACCCGGCCUGUAAACGCGCUGCGCGAUUUGACCCCGGCGUCGCGCCGUAGGCCACGCCUUGCUCGGCGGGCGGCCGCGAUGGGGGACGUGUCGGAGAGGACGCUGCAGGUGUCCGUGCUGGUGGCCUUCGCCUCUGGAGUGCUUGUGGGCUGGCAGGCAAACCGGCUGCGGAGGCGCUACCUGGACUGGAGGAAGCGGAGGCUGCAGGACAAGCUGGCCACCACGCAGAAGAAGCUGGACCUGGCCUGAGAGGCGGCGCGCGGGGGCCAGCGUGGCGAUGCCCGCGGGAGCCCCGUCCCCGGCGGCUGCGAGCCGGGUCCCGCACCCCGGCGUGUGCUGCGCGUUUGUCGACGAUGGAUGUAAAAGCACUGGGAAGAAAUAAUUUCUUACUGGACUUUAUGAAUCUAUUUUUAAAAUAAAAAAUGUUAACUCUUUGGACCUUUCCCAA